CAGAGCUCAGAGUUUGUCAGAAGGCUGACCUGACAGGGUCACACACAGGACCAAUCAGGAGCAGGACCUCAGCAUUUUUACUUUUUAUUACAAAUGGAGAAACAUGAAGAUGUUCAAUACUGUUUUCAAGACGGAAACUCUUCUUGCAGAAAGGCUUUGCUAUCGACAUAUAUCUACAUAACACUGUACAUCUUCUUCUCAUUGAUUUCAGCAGUUACAGUAUUUUUGAACCUACUGGUGAUCAUCUCCAUCUCUCACUUUAAGCAGCUCCACACUCCAACCAACCUGCUCAUCCUCUCUCUGUCUGUGUCAGAUCUCCUGGUGGGACUGAUUGUGAUACCAGUAGCGACUUUAACAAUAAUGGAACCAUGCUGGGGAUUUGGGGAAUAUUUCUGUGUGUUUCAAUUCUACAUUACUUUUUUAUGUACUACUUUAUCGCUUGGCAAUUUGGUCUUGAUAUCUAUUGACCGCUAUGUUGCUGUGUGUGAUCCCUUAUUGUACCACUCUAAAAUAACAAUAACAGGAACUAUCUGUUGUAUAUCCGUUUCCUGGUGUUGUUGUAUCACAUGCGAUGCUGUUAUUAUACAAAACUUUGUAAAUGUGCAGUUACCAAGUAGGUGUUUGAAAGAAUGUGUUAUUGUUGAAGGAAUAACAUGGGUUAAUAUAAUUUACAUUGUAUUUAUAAUGGUUGUCCCAUGCUCUAUUAUUAUAACACUUUAUUUGAAAAUCUUUGUGGUGGCCAGAUCACAGGCCAGAAAGGUGUUUUCAAAAGAGACCGCCAGUGAGUCUGGUGUUAAAACUGUACAGGCAAAUAAGUCUGAGAGAAAAGCAGCAAAAACUCUAGCUAUUGUUGUUUUCACCUAUCUCCUUUCUUGGAUUCCAUCUCUAUUUAUUUACUUUGUUUUUUCUGUUAUAGGUGAUCAUUUAAUAUCAUAUUUCACUAGUUAUCUGGCAUUUGUUAAUUCCUUAAUUAAUCCAAUAAUUUAUGCUUUUUUUUAUCCAUGGUUUAAAGUGACAGCUAAACUUAUUUUAACUUUAAAGUUAUAAGACGUUCAUAGUUCCUAUAAUAUGAUUUCCUAGUUCGGCAAACAUAGGUUUGAUAUAGUUUUGUUCUACAAUUGUUGUAAUUAUUUCAUGUAACAAUACACCGACAUUACUUAUCUCACUGUUGUCAUCAUAGAUACAUGUGGUGUUGAUACAGAAUGAUUUGUCUGGAUUGGAAUGGAAUGACUUGGAGAAGUUAUAAGGAGGCAUAAGCUUGUUUUAUUAAAGACAUUGUAGUCAUUGUGGAUUGUGUACUCCAAAUACCUAAGUCUGUGGUUGUUCCGUGUUAAUGAUAAAUAGUAUGUAAGUAUUUUAAUAGUACAUUCUGAGGACGUCAUGAGUUGUUCUAUAUGUUGUUUAGCAUCUCCCUCUAGUGGCUUAAUUGUGACACAACGUCUUCAUCAAGUGUAGUAAAGUUGAAAUGCACAAUACUGCAUGAUAUCAGAUAACGUCCAGGUCUAAAUAACUUCUGUAUUGUGUAAGUAGUUGAUGGUAAAAUGUAAGAAUAUACAAUUAUGGGUAACACUUUAUAAUAACAUUCAGUAUUAAACCAGGUGUAAGGCAUUUCCAGUUUGCUCACCAUUUAAUAUUAAGGCCACAUUUGUGAAAUGUUACUCAGCUAGGUUUUCACACAUUUAUAAAUAACUACUACAGUAUAAAUAUGAAUUAUUCAACACAACAGUGCAGGAGACCACAGCAGACACUUCAACCUCAACAUACUGGGUAUUGUCACAGGCCGGCUAAUAGCCUUUUGGCAAAAAUGAGGGGACACGAGCAGGUAUAGCCCAAUCAAAAAGGUUCUUUAUUAUAAAGAAAAAACUAUUAACUUUAAACAAAGAAAAAGGAAUGAGGUGUGAAAGUAUCAUAAU